UGAGUGGACCUUUACACACUGCCACUGCCUGUUGCCCUUGGCCGCUCCUCCUCCCCCUGUCAUCUCCUGCAGCCUUGAUCUCCGUCUGGGCCAGCCCGGACAAUGCCCCCCAAUCUCACCGGCUACUACCGCUUCGUCUCACAGAAGAAUCUGGAGGACUACCUGAAAGCCCUAAACAUCCAUGUGGCUCUGCGGAAGCUGGUGUUACUGCUGAAGCCAGACAAGGAGAUUGACGACCGGGGGACCCACAUGACCGUGAAGACUUUGAGCCCCUUCCGCAACUACGUUAUGGAAUUCGAGGUGGGGGUUGAGUUUGAGGAGGACCUGCGGAUCGUGGAUGGACGGAAAUGCCAGACCAUAGUAACCUGGGAGGAGGAGCAGCUGGUGUGCGUGCAGAGAGGGGAGGUCCCCAACCGAGGCUGGAGACACUGGCUGGAGGGGGAGAAGCUGUACCUGGAGCUGACAGCAGGGGAUGCCGUGUGCGAGCAGGUCUUCAGGAAGGUCAGAUAGGGCCUCUGGACAGGCCCCCCCCCCCCCCGACAGCACCUGGUGACAGACCCCCCUGCCUGUGCCCCCUUCCCGCCCUGAUUGCACCUGUCAGUGGUCAAUGGGUCCCUCCUCACCCCUCCCCGUGUUAAUCUGUAACCUGCAGGCCCCAGGCCAGAGUCCUUUCUUUCUCAAACUCCACUGCCCAGUAGUUGACCUCACUUGCAGUUCAAGGUCUGGCCUCCCAGAUGAAAGAAACGGGAAGAGGCGAAAGAGCCCUGGAGAGCAGCCAGUCUCCACUCUGGCCUCCUCUGUUCCUUCUAAGAACUGAACAUCGGGCGUUUGGAUGGGAAAACUGGGGGACCACGGGGGGAACUGUGAGAGGAGCUCCUGGCAGGGUCUCUCUGUCCAUUUCCUUGUCCUUAUUCUCCAGAGAGCUACAGGGGUAGCUCCCCCCCAUCAGACCCCGUCCACACAGAGCUCCGUCCAUGCCCCCUGCCCACACAGAGUCCAGCCCAUGCCCCCUGCUCCCCCACUCCACCACUGUUUUAUACCCCGCCCUACACCUUCAGGAGGAGGGAAGAGGGAUGGGCAAGACCUUGUCUGAAUUGUGCCCUGCCUCCACUUCUGCUUUGGGAAGCAUGGGCAGUCAGAAGGCCAGAAAAGAGCAGGAAAACAGUUGGAAGAUGCAAAGCCACAAGAUAAAAAUAUGAGGGGCCUGGGGGUGUGAGGGUGAUGCUAAGAAGAAGACCCGCGGGUCUGGCCUUAGGGACCCUUUGCUUAAAGAUCAGUAAGGCUGGAGCCAGCGCUGUAGCACUGUGGGUAAAGCCGCUGCCUGCAGCACCACCAUGCAUGUGAGUGCUGGUUGGAGUCCCGGCUGCUCCAUUUCUGAUCCGGCUUCCUGCUAAUAACCUGGGAAAACAACAGAAGAUGGCCCAAGUGCAUGGGCCCCUGCCACCCACGUGCGAGACCCUGAAGAAGCUCCUGGCUCCUGGCUUCAGCCUGGCCCAGCCCUGGAUGAAAGGGCGGCCACCUGGGGAGUGAACCAGCGGAUGGAAGAUCUCUCUCUGCCUCUCUCUGCCUCUC